CCGAUUUUCAGCGGCGCCCAUGUAGGCGCCAUUGCGUUAUUUACAUUUGAAUAGUUAUGUUAGCGAAGUUGCUUCAUUAAAUAGCGCAAUACAGCAAUCGCUCAAUGCCUCCCAAAAAGUUGGUAUUCCUCUCUCGUUUUCCGGUAGCAGCGAUAAUUCUCAGCCACAGUGAAAUCUUCUCCAGGCAACAGCCAUCUCCCAAUUUCCAGGUAAACUUUCACUGCACUUUCACUCAACUUGAUACCGCAUUCACCGCCAACCAUGUCGGGCUUUGAAAUCGCUGGCAUUCCGCUUGGAGCUGGGGCCCUUUUGCUCUCCAUCAAGGGCGCCGUUGACGGCUGCCGCCUCCUCGCCGACGUGUGCGCCAAGGACAGUGGCCUCAGCUUCGCUGCGACGCAUUACUACCUCCAAAAUACACGCUUGCAGCUCCGGAAGGACCGCCUCAAUGUCGUCGACGAAGCCAACGGCCUGCUCUUGAAGCAGCCUCGCAUCACACGCGAUGCCGUGUGGCGGAUCGUGGCCGAGAUCAACGCCACGCAUGAACUCGCCGUCAAUUUCAUCACAAAGUACGACACUAAGAACGCCGCAGUACCUACCUCCGCAGUGACAGCGCCGGGGAUCGAGACUGCGGGGGCCGAGACUUUCACGAGGAGAGUAAGCGGGUGCCCGUGUUCACCCAAGCCCGCGCUCGCAUCCCGAAGAAAAAACGGCUGGCAGGCGCUGGACUCCAGCUCGCCAGUUUCGUGGUCGAAGACAGUGCACGAAACGGCCACCCCAAGAUUGAAGUUGCUUCGUAAGGAAAUGGUGUCGCCAUGAUUGGCGAUUCCUUGCAAAAGAGGCAAGUCGCAGGAUAGAAUGUCGAAAGAGGUCACUGAGAAAAGGUUGAGAAGACGGCGGGGCUCCCGCGGAAUCUGGCUUCGGCGUUGCGCUCUUGGCUGCCUGACAUUCGAAAUUGGGGGAAGGUAACAUCGUCAUCCCUUGUC